UCGGUGAGAUUGCAGCUAGUCUGGGGAACUGGGAGAGACAUGGAGAAAGAGACUGGGGACCCCUGGCUGGAGCAGAACAACAGAAUAGGCAACUAUGGCUGGCGAACCGGGUAUCAGAAUAAUGUUUGACCUCGGGAAACAUCACAGAACAGCCUGUCGACAUUCACUAGGUAGGAGGUUCAUCAGCUGGAAAGAACCGGCGCCUGGGGGAAUCUGGCUGGAUAGGUAUGGGGGAUCGCGGCCAGGCCCCUAGUCCCUGGUUCCCCCACGGCGGUCCCCCAACUCUAAGCACCCUCACUCUACUGCUGCUCCUCUGUGGACAGGCUCACUCCCAGUGCAAGAUCCUCCGCUGCAAUGCCGAAUACGUAUCGUCCACUCUGAACCUUCGGGAAGGGGGCUCACCGGGCACGCCGCGCGGAGGCGGCCGUGGUGGGGUGUCAGGUGGCUUGUGUCGUGCCCUGCGCUCCUAUGCACUCUGCACUCGGCGUACAGCCCGCACCUGCCGCGGGGACCUUGCCUUCCACUCUGCUGUGCACGGCAUCGAGGACCUAAUGAUCCAGCACAACUGUUCCCGCCAGGGCCCCACGGCCCCGCCCCCGGUCCGGGGCCCCGCCCUUCCCGGAGCCGGCCCUGUGCCUCCGGCCCCGGACCCCUGUGACUACGAGGCCCGGUUUUUCCGGCUGCACGGUCGGGCCCCGGGCUUCUUGCAUUGCGCCUCCUUCGGGGAUCCCCAUGUGCGCAGCUUCCACCACCACUUUCACACGUGCCGUGUCCAAGGAGCUUGGCCCCUGCUGGAUAACGACUUCCUUUUUGUCCAGGCCACCAGUUCCCCUGUGGCGUCAGGGGCCAACGCUACCACCACCAGGAAGAUCACCAUCAUAUUUAAGAACAUGCAGGAAUGCAUUGACCAGAAAGUCUACCAGGCCGAGGUGGAUAAUCUUCCUGCUGCUUUUGAAGAUGGUUCUAUCAAUGGCGGCGACCGACCUGGGGGUUCGAGCUUGUCCGUUCAAACUGCUAACCCUGGGAGCCAUGUGGAGAUCCGAGCCGCCUACAUCGGGACAACUAUAAUCAUUCGACAGACAGCUGGCCAGCUCUCCUUCUCCAUCAGGGUAGCCGAGGACGUGGCACGGGCCUUCUCGGCUGAGCAGGACCUUCAGCUGUGUGUUGGCGGGUGCCCUCCGAGUCAGCGACUCUCUCGCUCAGAGCGCAAUCGCCGCGGGGCUAUAGCCGUAGAUACUGCCAGAAGACUGUGUAAGGAAGGGCUUCCCGUUGAGGAUGCCUACUUCCAAUCCUGUGUCUUUGAUGUUUCAGUCUCUGGUGACCCCAACUUUACUGUGGCAGCCCAGACAGCUCUGGACGAUGCCCGAGUCUUCUUGGCGGAUUUAGAGAAAUUGCACCUUUUCCCCUCAGAUGCGGGGCCUCCUCUCGUCCCAGCAACCGUCCUUGUACCGCUUCUUUCAGGCCUCUUUGUUCUGUGGCUUUGCAUUCUGUAAGUAGGCCAGCAACCCCGUGACUAGUUUGGAAACGAUUUGAGGGUAGAGGUUGGUGUGACAAAACACGAAGAUGCGCCAAAGAAAACAGUGAGGACAGGGAGCUACAGAAGACAAUGACAUUCACCCAGAAUCAGAUGAGGCUGCAGCCCAGGACUCAAAUAAUCCCAGAGUAAUGAUUCUGAACCAGAGCUUUGCAUUGCAAACGUUGGGAGGGGCUCUUCACUGUGAAUUAAUUUCCCCAGUCCCGUUUGUGGUGGACCUAUUAUUCCACUCCACACACACCUGACUGACAUCACUCCUACAUGCCUAGGGGUUGUGAGAGUGCUAAUGACCAGCAAAACAUUAAAGUGCUGAGAUGUUGGAAGGGCAAGAGCUAAAAAAAAGGAAGACGUGAUUAUCUAUAAGAAAGUCGAUGCCGGGCGAUGGUGGCGCACGCCUUUAAUCCCAGCACUCGGGAGGCAGAGGUAGGCGAACUCUGUGAGUUCGAGACCAGCCUGGUCUACAGAGCGAGUUCCAGGACAGGCUUCAAAGCCACAGAGAAACCCUGUCUCAAAAAAAAAAAAAAAAAAAAAAAGUCGAACGAGGAGAAAAUAAUGAGGGAAAACUUUUGGGUUCAGAAAUGAAGCGGGCAUUGUCUAGCUCUCAGACAAAGGAAGUCAGCUUUUGGAGACUAGAACCAAUACAGAAACUGGCAUCCCCAGCCCUCACUAGUCUGUUAUUAAAGCUAUGAAUUCUCCGCACUGUGCUCUGCCACCUGUGUUGAACCCCUUUCCAGAUGUGUGACAUGGAGUUGAAGCAAUGUGUUCACUCCACUGAAAGAGGGCCCGGAGUUUUCAGCAUGUAUCUGCCCUUUUGGAAUCCACAGACUAUUAGGCAAAACUGGUUCACAGGAAGGAAUCAUGAGUAUUACUAUUAUUUAUUAUUAUCAUUGUUUUUAUUUUCGAUGGAGCCUCACGUAGCCGAGACUGGCCUUGAACUGCUGAUCCAAAAGUCUCUACUCCUCAAGUGCUGGAGUUAGAGUUCACCUAUGUCUUGGAGUGUGUACGUAGUUCUUCACUAAAUUCUAUGGCCUUUGGGUUCACGUGGGGAGAAGGUGGUUGAGGAGCAGAGUAAUGAGAAGUGAGGAAUGACGCGGAGAUGGCACUGUGAAGUGUGUAUCAUCUUCCAAGAAAGAGAACCAAGGGAAUUAUCCCCAGAGUCAUGGCUAGUGAGCAACUAGUGGGACUCAGAUGCCAAGUAUGGAGUCAUGAGAUAGAAGGUUCAGGUAGGCAAGAGGAAUUACAAAACACCAUGGGAGUGGGGCUGAGGAGUUCAAACUGGUCACGAACAUUUAUUUAGAACUUAAAAUUUGCCAGGCAAUGUUAUCAACACUUAAACAUCUGUAUAACAAAGUUAUAAACACAUUAAAAUGCGUGAAGCUGGAGAGAUGGCUCGACGGUUAAGAGCACUUUCUUGCAGAGAACUCAGGUUCUGUUCCCAGCACCCACGAUGCUAACCAGUGGUCCACAACUCUAGUUCCAGGGGAUGUGACAUACCGUCAGGCCUCCUCCGACACCUGAACUCAAUAGUGCACAUAAAUUCAUACACACACACACACACACACACACAUAUAGUUUUAAGUCCUUAAAAAUACAUAUUUAUGCACCAAGGACUAGGCAUGUAACUCAGUGGUAGAGCAUUGAAGCAGCAUGUACAGGGGUCCUGGACUUGAUCACUAGUACUGCAAAAUAAUAAUAAUAACAACAACUACAACAACAAUUCUUUCAGCUAGCCGUAGUAGCACACUCCAGUAAUCCCAGCACUCAGAAAGUAGAAGCAAAAGGAUCAGGAGUUCAAGGUCAUCCUUAGUUAGAUGUGAAGUUCAAGGCCAGCCUGAAAUAGGAGCAGAAUCCUAUCGCCACCCUGCUUCUCAAAACUAAACUAAGUAGCCCGGUGGUGGUGGCGCACACCUUUAAUCCCAGCACUCGGGAGGCAGAGGCAGGCGGAUCUCUGUGAGUUCGAGACCAGCCUGGUCUACAAGAGCUAGUUCCAGG